GGUCUCAUUACUCACCCACAUGGCUUCUUCCUCCUCUAUCUUUUCGAUCUCAACUCUUCUCCUUCUUCUUCUUCCUCUCUCUAUUGACUCGCUUUCCUUCAAAAUAGAUCGAUUCAAGCCCAACGAAAACGACRUAGUACUUUACCAAGGAGAUGCCACUCCUUCUGUGGGAACCGUCGAAUUCAACAACAUUGACUAUCUGUGUCGUGUCGGCCGGGCUGUCUACAAAGACAGUGUCCCAAUCUGGGACUCGAAAACAGGAAAAGCCACUGAUUUCACAACCCAUUUCUCCUUCGUAAUUGACACCCAAAAUAAGUCCAAAUAUGGCCAUGGAAUCGCCUUCUUUUUGGGCCCAUCUGGGUUCCAAAUCCCUCCGAAUUCUGAUGGUGGCUUUCUUGGCCUUUUCAACACUUCCAACAGCGAUUCCACCGCAAACCAAAUACUUCAUGUGGAGUUCGAUUCUUACUACAAUGAAGAAUGGGACCCUCCGUUUGAACAUGUGGGCAUCAACGUUAACUCCAUUGCUUCCUCUAAUUACACUCGAUGGAAUGCUAGCUUGCACAGUGGGGACACUGCUGAUGUGUGGAUCUCGUACAAUUCAACUGUGAAAAUUUUGAGUGUUGUGUGGAAAUAUCAGAAGACGGCGAGUUCGUUUGAAAAUACCAGCCUUAGUUACCAGAUUGAUCUGAUGAAGGUUCUCCCUCAAUGGGCAACUGUGGGAUUUUCAGCUGCAACAGGUCUGAAUUUAGAGAGACAUACGUUAUUUUCUUGGGAAUUCAAUUCCACUUUGGACAUCAAGCAAACAAGUGAAAAUAAUGGGAAGAAAGUUGACAUAAUUGUGGGUGUCACCGUUUCAAUUGGAGUCUUGAUUAUCAUGGCAACAACAACAUUUGCACUGCUUUGGAGAUUGAAAAAAAAGCAAAAGAGAACAAAAUCAGAAAACCCUGAAGAGGUAAAUUUGACGUCCAUUAACGAUGAUUUGGAAAGAGGGGCUGGACCCAGAAGGUUUUCUCACAACCUCCUCGCCAUGGCCACCAACAACUUCUCCAUUGAUAGAAAGUUGGGCGAAGGAGGAUUUGGUGCAGUAUACAGAGGCUACGUACCAGAUUUGGAUUUGACAAUGGCUGUCAAAAAGAUCUCAAGGGGUUCUAAACAAGGAAGGAAAGAGUACAUAACCGAGGUGAAGAUCAUUAGUCGGCUGCGCCAUCGUAAUCUGGUGCAGCUCAUGGGGUGGUGCCACGACAAGGGCGAGUUCUUGUUAGUUUAUGAGUUCAUGCCUCAUGRCAGCCUUGAUUCUCAUCUCUUUGGGAGGAGAACCCCUCUCGCUUGGGCUAUGAGAUACAAGAUUGCAUUGGGUCUGGCCUCGGCAUUGCUAUAUCUUCACGAAGAAUGGGAACAAUGCGUGGUUCAUAGAGAUAUUAAAUCGAGUAAUGUUAUGCUAGAUUCGAACUUCAAUGUGAAGCUUGGGGAUUUUGGGCUGGCUCGAUUGAUGGACCAUGAGUUGGGUGCGCAGACGACUGGGUUGGUGGGGACUUUGGGAUACUUGGCUCCUGAAUACAUAAGCACGGGUAGAGCUAGUAAAGAAUCAGAUGUGUUUAGUUUUGGAGUCGUGGCUUUGGAGAUUGCCACGGGACGAAUGUCGAGAAACUCCAUGGAAAUGGGGUCACAUAAGGGUUUGGUGGAGUGGGUUUGGGACCUUUAUGGGAGUGGACAAAUUCUUGCAGGUAUGGAUGAGAAAGUACAGUGUGAUUACGACGAAAAACAAGUGGAGUGUUUGAUGCUUGUUGGACUUUGGAGUGCUUAUCCAGACCCUAAUCUUAGACCUUCAAUAAGGCAAGUAAUUCAAGUUCUCAACUUUGAGGCAACGAUGCCAAAUCUUCCAAGUAAAAUGCCGAUUGCUGUGUAUCAUGCUCCUUCCACAUCGAUGAGCUCAAAUGAACCUCCCAUUUCAGUAAGUCUCGACGUAGGUCGUUGAACAACAAAAGGGCGAUGUUGAUUAUCUCAUAAGAAAAAGAUCAAGAGACUUAAUAAUGUUUAUUAAUAUAUGGAACCUUGCGAAUAUUAAGAAGGGCUAAGUUUCACGUCUAUAACUUACA